AUGUUGCUCUGCUCUGCCCGCGCAGCGACCACCUCCGCUAGGCUCGGCCAGCGCGCCGCCUCCUCCCUCGCGCUCAAGCGUUUCAACGCCGUCGUCAAUGCCGUGCUCCAGUCUAAGCUUAUCGUACUCUCGUCCGCGAUCAAGAGCGUGCCCGAGCUCAACGCGUUCGUCUCGAACCCAACCCUCCGCACGAACGACCGCAUCUCGGGACUCAAUGUGCUCCAUGCCGCUGCUGAGAUUCCGAAGAAGGAGCCCAACGGCCGUCUCGCCGAGGCGCACGGCGUUAUCGAGGGCUUCAACGAGCUAGUCUCCCAGUACAAGGGUGAGCUCACCGUGGCCAUCACCUCCGUUGCGCCUCUCCCCAGUGACAUCCGGCGCAAGCUCGAGUCCUCACUGAAGCAGUCACGGGUGGCGCAGAAGGCCAAGUCGGUUAAGGUGGCCGAAAACUUGAUGAUCGACCUCAGCGUUCAGUCCCGGGUAGCACGGCUGAACAGCCUCUUGCAGCUCUCUGUUUGA